AUGUCCACGGCCAUGUCGACGGCAUUCAUGGUGGACAGCAUCCUGCAGGAUAAGGACGCCAUGAGCGAGCAGGCGGCCAGCCCCGUCGGAGUUCCACCAGGAACCGUGGCCGGCGAUAGCUCGCUGGCGUCCGUUUCCGAUAGCGACGAGUUCGAGGAGCCCAAAGACACGGUCGGCCUGUGCGAUUCGCCCAAGAGCUACCACGGGCUGCACCACCACCAUCAUCACCAUCAUCUGCUCCAUCACCAUCCGGCGAACGAUCAUCUGCAUCUGCAUCACCAUCAUCACCAUCUGAUGCACCAUCACCAUCACCAGCAGCACCACGGCCACGCGGCGUACUCGGACGACGAGCUGCCGGUCGGACCGCCUCCGACCAACGGCGUCACGAUCCUGGGCCGCCCGGCGCCCUUCCGGAGUCCACGGGCCGACGAGGGUGGCUCGUUGGACCAGAUGGACUUCUGCUGCGCUAAGUGUGGCCACUGCCAGGCGGAGCUAAAUCCCAGCGCCGGCCGGAGUAGUCCCGGAGCCGUGGCGAAAAGCGGGCCCGAGAAACGACCAGCGGAUGGGGAAAGCAAUAACAAUAAUAACAACACCAAAAGCGAGAGUGCGUCCGAGUCGGGGGGAGCGGGUGAGGCGGGCGGCGAGUUUGAGUUCAAGUGCGAAAAGUGUGGCUUCGGCCAGUACGUCACGCCCGGCAAGCAGACGAUCCUGAAGGAGACCGCCAAGCCGGUGCUGAAGUUUAGCGUCUCCGCCAUCUUGGGCGAUAAGAAGGAGUGCGUUAAAGUUAGAAAUGAAUUUAUUCAACCACAGCACCUUUGGCCUUACAUUCAGCAGAACCUGAUCCAACAGAACCACUUAGCGAACCCGGCCUUCCUAGCCGCUCAUCCACACCAUCCGCAUCAUCCGCAACACCCUCACCAUCAGCAUCAUCAUCAUCCCCAUCCUCAGCAGCAGCAAGGACCACCCGCUUCCCAUCAUCCGUUGUCACCCCAGCAACAACAACAGCAGCAGCAGCAGCAGCAACAUCUUGCCCAGGUGAACGGUGGCUCACACAACAGCGCAAGCCCCAACGGCCACCCCGGGCACCAGCACCAACACCACCACCACAACCAGAGCAGCAGCAACAGCACCAGCGAGUCCGGAAGUCUGCCCAACAGUCCGGAGCUGCAGGACGACGGGCGGAUGGCGGCGGCGGUGGCCGCCCUGCAGCCGAGAGAUAAUAAAAUCAUAGCGAAACCACUUCCGAGCCGGCCAACGCCCUUCCUGCACCACAGCCUCAACCACCCGCACCUGCAUUCGCUGCUGGCGCACUGCCGGAAUCCCUACAUGCCGGGUGGACCGCAGGUUUUUCCGCUCCCGCCGGGCCAAGGUUUUCCGUGGGCUCACUCCACCCGAGGGAAACCACGCCGGGGGAUGAUGCGGAGGGCCGUUUUCUCUGACUCGCAGCGGAAGGGCUUGGAAAAGCGGUUUCAGCUGCAGAAGUACAUCAGCAAACCGGACCGCAAGAAGCUCGCGGAACGGUUGGGCCUCAAGGACUCUCAGGUAAAAAUAUGGUUUCAGAAUCGACGCAUGAAGUGGCGAAACUCGAAGGAACGCGAGCUGCUGGCGAACGGUGGAUCUCGCGACCAGACGCUUCCGAACAAGAACAAUCCGAACCCGGACCUCUCGGACGCCCGCACCGACCGCCAGUCGUCCCUGUCGCCCCCGCCCUCUUCACCAUCGCAGGGAACGGAUCCGCAGACGCAAACGCAGGCGCAAUCGCCACCACAACCCCCGACCCCUUCUGCCUCACCCAAGCCACCCACCGCGCAGCCAUUGAUCACGUUCAAGUCGAAAUUCGAGCUGCUCAAACCAUCCGCCGUCGCGGCAGGAGGUGGUGGUGGUGGAGAGUUUAAGUUCGACUUUGAAGAUCAUCGGCCACCCAACGCUGGAGCGGGUGGUGCUGGCGUGGGUCAGUUCGGAAUGGCCGGGUUCUAUCCUCCGGCCGGAGGUGAGCGGGAUCGAGAAGCCGCUCUGAUGCGACUGAGUCCGGGAAGCGGAACUGUGGGAGGAUCGGUACGAUCGAACAGUAGCGCCUCGUCCGACCCUAAUGCUGGGGGUGCGUCCGGAGGGGGCGCGAUGUACUACGACGAGUACGAUUCCGCGGGCGACACCGAUGACAGCGACGAGGAGAUCAACGUCACGUGA